CAUUAACGUAUAUCAAACAUAACAUUGACAAUAAAUAAAAAAAAUAAGAUACAAUAAAAUAACCCAUGGAGUUCACUAUCGGAAGAAUAAUGUCAUUGAGUGAGGAGCUAAACGACCUGCCUGGUUACAGAUAAAUAAAUAUGUCAUUAAAUUGACUCUCGAGGCAACCACUUCAGUUUAAAUGCAGACUCGGUGGAUUGGGUUAUAUGUCACUCCCUGCUGGUUUCGUUCAAUAGCUGACGCUGCAGUGUCUGUGCAGAAGUCCAUGGAGUUUCGUUUCCGUUGGUUCAGUACGGUUAAGUCACAUUCGGCUGUGCUGUCAUAGCAACAGGACGGCGUCCGAGACAGAUUCCCUGCUGUGGGCCGGGGAAAGAUGAGCCAGCGUGCGGAACGCCGUGGGAUCCACGUGGACCAGUCUGAGCUGCUGUGUAAGAAGGGGUGCGGUUACUUCGGCAACGCAGCAUGGCAGGGUCUGUGCUCCAAGUGCUGGCGGGAGGAAUACCAGCGAUCGCGUCAAAAGCAGAUCCAGGAGGAUUGGGCGCUGGCCGAGAAGCUACAGAGAGAGGAAGAGGAGGCGGCGGCCUACGCUAGCAAUCAGGGCAGCCAGUCUCACCCCGCCCCUCAAUCUCAAGCCCCGCCCACUCUGGCGCCCUUCUCCAAGUUCGAGGAGAAGAAGACCAAUGAGAAGACUCGCAAGGUGACCACCGUCAAGAAGUUCUUUAGCCCCUCCUCUCGCACCGCUCCCAAAAAAGCAUGCGAGUGUGAGCGGGAGGAGAGGGCGCAGGGAAGCAGGAGGGCGAGUCAUGGGGAGACUCUCCUCAGAGACCUCAGAGGCAUGUUCACUCCGCCCUGGGAGAUGAGUGCCUCUCCUGAAGAGUCUCAUGAGGGGAAAGCCCCGAGCCCCUCAAUCUCACGCCAGUCCAGCAUCGAGACGGACCGCGUGUCCCGGGACUUUGUGGACUUCCUGAAGAACCUGCAGAAACCGGGCCGAGAGAUCCACAAGCAGAGCCGGGCCUUCAUCGAGAGCAUGGCCAAUAAGAAGGACCUUGGAGCUGAUGAGCUGUCGGAGUGUGUGCAGGACUUCUACCAGAACAUGUCGGACCGGCUCAUGGCCCAUUUCAAAGGCUCCUCUGAGCGUGUGGAGCGUGUGAUGGAUCAGGUGGAGAAGUACAUCAUGACUCGGCUCUACAAGAACGUCUUCUGCCCUGAGACCACCGAUGACGAGAAGAAAGACCUGGCCACUCAGAACCGCAUCCGGGCACUGCACUGGGUGACUAUUGAGAUGCUGUGUGUCCCCGUGGACCAGGAAAUACCUGAGGUGUCUGACAGCGUCGUCAAAGCCAUCACAGACGUGAUUGAGAUGGACUCGAGGCGUGUGCCGCGGGACAAGCUGGCGUGCAUCACCAGCUGCAGUAAGCACAUCUUCAACGCCAUCCGUGUGACCCGGAACGAGCCGGCGUCCGCCGACGACUUCCUGCCCACGCUCAUCUACAUCGUGCUGAAGGCCAACCCGCCGCGCCUGCAGUCCAACAUCCAGUACAUCACGCGCUUCUGCAACCCCAGCCGGCUCAUGACCGGAGAGGACGGAUACUACUUCACCAACCUGUGCUGUGCUGUGGCCUUCAUAGAGAAGCUGGAUGCCCAGUCUCUGAACCUGAGCUCCGAGGACUUUGAGCGCUACAUGUCUGGACAGGCCUCGCCGUCCGGGCCGGAUUCGGGCCAUGGCUGGGCCAGCGGGGCGGCGGGGGCGAGUCCCGGGGUGGUGCAGACGCAGCUGGAGGCGCUGUCAGGGCUGAGCCAGCGGCAGGAGCAGGUGCUGGAGGGGGUGCGGGACCUGCAGGUGGAGCUACAGCAGUGGGAGGAGAGCGUGGGCAGGCAGGUGCAGGGCAUCCUGGAGAGGUACCCGCUGGAGCUGCGCCCGCCCCCGCCUGCACCCGCCAUCGACUCCGACAACACCGACGACGACGGCCUGCCCCCGCCACUCACUCCACAGGUGUUCGCUGGCUAACACAGCCGUGUGUGUGUGUGUGUGUGUGUGUGUGUGUGUGUGUGUGUGUGUGUGUCAGAGUGAGGAGAACCUGGUGCAAGUAUGUGUGUCUGACACAAUUUUCAAUGUAAAGGUCCCACAAAAUGUGCGUGUUCGUCUAAGGGAACAUUACUGUGUGUGUGUGUUUGUGUGUGUGAGAGUGCUGAUCUGGUACAUGUGUGAGAGUGCAGUGUGUGUGUGUGUGUGUGUGUGAGAGCUUUGAUUAUUUAUGGAAAAAUGAGUCUGCUGUUCCUUUUUAACAGGCUGUGAUGAGGAAUCUGAUGUUAUGUGGGUUUGAUCUCUUCAGCAGCCCUGCACUCUCAUAUUAUAUUAUAUUAUAUUAUAUUAUAUUAUAUUGUUUUAUUUUAUUUGCCUCUCCUUUUUAAAAGUCAUUGCACAUUUAUUCCAUUUUCUUCACUCCAGAACCUCCUGUAGGUGGCGCUGUCACCUAGUGUGUAGUCACACUGUAACCUG